GCUGUUUAACACGCAGAACUGGCAGACACGUUCAAUUAUUGAAGCUCAAUUGAUCCACUUCUAUCUCGACUUCCACUUUUGCUUUUACUCUUACUUUUACUUUCACUUCAACACCAACCCAAAUGCCAACAUAUAUACAACGCCAUCUCGAUAACACAUACCUAGUAUUUAAAUCUUGACACUGUCACAACAACUUAUUCGCCGAAUUAUUCUAGGAAUGCGUCACCAAAUCCUUCGUUCUCAUACGUGAACAAACGACGUAAAGGCCAUCGCGCUUCUACGAAGUUAUGCCCACAAGAUGGACACUGGAAACAGAUUAGAUCCAUUGCAACGACUCGAAGCGGCAAACAAAACUCCCAUCGCUGACUUGAACCCCGAACUCGUCGAUCCUGCAUCUCGCGCCGUGCGUGGUGUUGUUACCAUCACAUGGCCUUACAGCCUCGUCAAAAACACUUUCGCCUUUAUCCUUGCCGAACCCGAUUAUCGUCUUCGUCGAAGUAAGGGGCAGGUUCGCAUUAACCUGAGUGGACCAGCCGCCAAGGCUGCUGGAGAAAGCGGAUUAAGUAGUAGCGAUGAAGUCCUCGUGAGCUUAGAUGGAGCCGAGUGGGAGCCCGAACAAACCAAGAAACGCCAGAGCCUGCCCAACGCGGGGCUCGACUGGCAGUUGAAAUUCUCCGACAAGCUUCUGCUGCAGGUUACCUUAUCUGAGGCUAGCGAAACCAAACUCAUCGCUGUCGACCUUGCUUCCCUCCCUAUAGAAACCCAGCCUCCUGUCGAACCCUCUAUCGAAGAGCCUGUUGAAAUACCGCCGUUCGAGAUAACCCAUUUGGAAGACUCAUCAAUCCUCCGGCUCGGGACACUCACACCACCAAGGAAGUCGCAGAUCGCAAGACUUAAAGAUGGAGAGUUUGAGUCUCCGGCCUUCAUCAAGAGAGCCCGGAUGUCAUAUGGCUCCUUGUUUGAGGAUGGGUAUGACAUAUUUGAAGAUGAUGGCGGGGUGAGGGGAAGAGGCCGAAAAAGAAGCAGAUUUGGUCGUGAGAGCGGCGCUUGGAAAUAUACCAGCCAGUCUCCUAGCCCAGAACCGGCUGCGCCUGCCACACCUGUGCCCGCUCCAGUUCUUCCUAGCUCAUCACCUAGGCCCGAGAUGACCGAUGAAGGAUGUCAAACUAUGGAGAUUGAAAUUCCUAUGCCAAUAUCUACACCAACAAUUGUACAUACUAGAGACGUGCAACACGACCUGAAACCUACCCUAGAAGAGCAAUUUGGUCACUCUCGGCAAGGUAUGGUGGAUCAUGGCGUCCAAGGAGAUUUCCACAGUGAAUGGCCGAGUGCAGCACCUGUACCUCUGUUACCAUUCGGUCUUAGCGAUAGACCCCCUGAUAAUGGUUCCGAAUUGGCUUCAUUUCAACCCAACCUUGGGUUUGGAGCUCCAAGUAAUGAUUUCCACAGCCAUUGGGAUCCUAGACCCUCUGGACUUACGUCUGACGUUUAUCCAUCUGUCACUGAGCCACUACCUGAUAAUCUCGCAAACAUUUAUGGAGGUUCACCAUUUGGAAGCCGUACACGUUCGCCAUGUGAAUCAAGUAAUCUAGCUAUCGAGAAUUUUGAACAGGGCCUUAGCAGUAACUUACCAGUCGAUGAAAGCGGCUAUCCAACUCAAGCUACCCCUCAGGGCACGGAUUACCCGCCUUUAGAUUUUGAGAACGACGAACAAAUUAGGCCAACCCCCCAAGUUACACAUGUUGAUUAUCCUACAUCCUAUCUAGACGGGGGCCACCAUUACCCUCAUGAUCCUAUGGAUAUCGAGCAAGGCGCAUUCGGCUCAGGUGUUCCCGUCGUGGCGGAUGCACGGGCUUCUCCAUGGGCUACCGUCAACAACCCAUCCCAGGCGACGUCGAUACCACCUGCUGAUCGACUAGGUAGUAUGGAAGGCGCCUCUCCCGACACUCCCGUCGUUCUUGAUGACAGUGACUCGGACGAUGACCCGGGCGAUGACACAGACGAUGUCAUAGCGCCACCAAAUGCUGCAGAGGACAUUACCGAGGAGAGUGGUGCAGAUGCCUUACCAUACGAUAAUGUAGAGGCUGAGGAUGAAGCUAAUGCUGAGCGCUCCGACGAUGAUGAACCCGAGUAUGAUGCCGAUGAGAUGGGUGGCGAUUAUGACGCCAGAAAUUACAUUGGACCAGAUGAUGACGAGGACGACAGCCACGACGAAGACCUGCGACCACGCGACGCUGAACCUGAGUUUGACGAAGGUGAGAGCUGGGAUGAGGAGGAUGAGGAUGCAGAAAAUAUGGACUACGAAAGUGAGUAUGACGAAAUGGGCGCAGAUGAGGAACCUCCGCAACCAUUUCGAAAUAUACCACAGGCUGCUCCCCAGGUCAUCGAUUUGAUAUCAUCUUCUGAAGACGAGGGGGAAGACGAAGGAGAAGACAACAGUGAUCCCUUGCCACAAUCACCGCCUCAUAAGUCUCCGGAUCCUUUAUCACAGAAUCGGCCUAGUUUAGUAUCGAAUACGUUGUUAAGUCAAGUAUUUGAGCAGGGCGCGGAAAGUGAAAGUGAAAGUGAGGAAUUGACUGAUGAGGAUGAGGCUGAAGGAAGUGAGGAAGAUGAGGUGCAGGACGACCAGGACGACGAAGAAGAAAUAGAGGAAAUAGGAGAGGAGACCGAAAUGCAAGGAAUGACUGGGCCAAGUCACUUGCCCGACGAGCCUGACAAGCCUGAUGAACCUGCUGAACCGGAGACUGAACCUUCGCCUGGACAAGAUGAAGGUAACCAAGAGUCUUUCGGAAAAAACCAAGACGCCAUGGAAGUCAGCAUUGAUGAAAAUGUUGUCGAAUCCCCUAAAGUCGAUUCACAAGAUAUAUCCGUUCAAAAUGGGGACGAUACGACAAUCAAGGAAGACGUCGAGGUUCAAGAUAAGGUGGAGGUCAACCAUGCUUCACAUUCUGCAGCUCAGGGGCUUGAGAUUUUGAGCCAAGCAGUUGAAAGCGAAUCGAACGCUAAUAUUCAAGCCGCACUGAAUGAGAAGGCGCAAGACGAUAUGCUUAUGGGCAACACUGAUACUAAGGCAGCCGAAUCUCAAAUUGAUGAUUCACAAUCAGACGGAGCGGAAAUGCAGGGGUCUCCAGAUAUCCAAGAGAACCCGGAUAUCCAGGAGAAUCCGGACAUUCAAGAAAAUCCUGACAUGCAAGAGAAUCCAGAUCUGCAAGAGAAUAAGGAACUCACCGAGGCAUCGCCUCCUUUGCCAGACCUUACUUCAACCUCGACUAUGCGUCCAAUCGCCAUCCGUGAAGAACAUCGGGCCGAAGUCACUGCAUCGUCGUCUCCUCCGCAGGCGACGCAUUUGUUCGAGUUUCAACCCACCGACGAAGGACAAAAGGAUAUCGUCAUGCGAGAGACUAUCACCACUGAAUCUCGUACACUAACCGAACCACUCCUGACGCCUCAAGACACGCAGCUCACAGAAGACAAUCCCGUUGAACCUAUGGUGAUCUCGAUGGACGUGGACACACAUGAGGCGUCCAGCAUAGCGAAGCCAGUAGAAACCGAUGUUGAUGAAGUUUCGGGCAUUACAGAACAUUUUGCCGACACAAGAGAGUCACCAACUGACCAAACCGCUAUUGCUCCUGUUGAAGAGCAAGAGCAAUCGAUUGAGAUUUCCCCAACACAACGACAAAAGACCCCUGAAGGAGAUGCCGUGGAAACCACACAGCCUGACCACUCACUUAUGUCGCCUGAUUUGAGUUUUGAGACUCAAGUUGGUAACGAUGACAGGUCCCAAAGCAGUCAUGCUGAAUCCAUAGAUACGGUAGUAGAGAUUGACGCUGGGUCUAAUGCUAUUCCCGAAAUUGAACCCCAUUCAGAAUCGACCAAACUGGAAGGGACAUCUCCAUCAAAGUCAAUCUUCUCAAAAGCUGUAGUUGGGGCAUUUUCGGAAAGUGUAUCUCUAUCAGAUACUCGAGAAUAUCCCGGCGGUAGCGUUUCAUUUAGGUCACAAAUGGAAAUCGACGACGAACUACAGGCUAGCAUCUUGGAGGAGUAUGAGGAAUCAGGCGAGACAUACUUCGAUACAGAGGAUAAUGUAACCGAGGACCUAUCUGCAAGUCUAGAAAAUGAGCCUGAACUCGACCAGAACGAAGAUAGUGCUCUUGCAGAGCUUGAAACUCGGGAUAUAACUUCGAGACCUCCAUCCCCAGACCUUGCAACUCCACUACAGGAGCAGAAACUGGCUGAAAAUCACUACACUUUAUCAGUCACCCUCGCUGAUGAAGUAUCUGAGGAUGAAUCGGUAGACCUAAGCGCAGAACUUGUGCGAGCCGGAAAUGCUUCUAGGCGAGAUACACGACAACAGGACACUAUACCUGGAAAUACAUUAUCACUCACCCUCCCUGAUGAAGCAUCCGAGGAUGAGUCGAUAGACCCAAGUGCAGAACUUGCGCGAGCCGCAAAUGUUUCCAGGCAAGAUAUAAGACAACAGGAUACCAGACCUGGAAAUGCAUUGUCACUCACAGUCGAUGAUUCUUCUGAGGACGAAUCAGUAGAUGCAAGUGCAGAGCUUGCGCGAGCCGCAAAUGCCUCUAGGAGAAGUAUGAGAAGACAGGUCACUAGAUCUAGGAAUGCUAGCUCGCAGAGGAAGAGUUUGCCCUCGGACGAAAGUUACAUGCCUGACACGGAAGACCCAGGUGUCCGCUCAGCUAGGACCUCCCUAGGCAACAGGUCUUUCCAGUCAGAAGAAGAUACUAGUUCGAUGACGGCAGCAAAGCUGAUGCUGGUUCGUCAUCUUCGCAGCGAACUUUUGGAUUACACGUCUCUGAAGGUAUUGCGUCAAUAUCUACAAAAGAAGUUGAAUGUCAUUGCUGUCGCCAUGAUGCAACCACCGGACCCUCGGCGAGCCAAAGGCGGCCCGCGCGAAUACAUGAUGUCCUUUACGAUUACGGACCACACAACUGGCCCCUACUCGGUUGUCGAAGUACUGCUUUACCGACCACAUAAAGACUCAUUGCCAAUUGUCAGAGCUGGAGACGUCAUACUACUUCGCAAUUUCACAGUCAUAUCAGUACAUAAUAAAGGGUUUAGCCUGCGCACAAACGAUGAGUCUAGCUGGGCUAUUUUCGACCACGAGGACGAACCUCCGCAGAUCAAGGGCCCACCCGUCGAAUACGGAGAGAAAGAGACGGCCUACGUGGCACACAUGCGCGCGUGGUUCAAUCUCUUAGAUGGGAAAGCGAGAGAAAAGCUCGAAAGAGCAAAUAAAAAGAUUGUGGAGGCAGGCAGGUCCAAGUAGGGUUAGGGUUAGGAGUGCUAAGUAUCACUUAUUGGUGGCAAAUUUCAACGGAAUGGACUUGGGAUUUAUUUGUAUUUUCUUCGAGUCUUCGUUUACCUGCAGUACUUAGCCCGGUAUAAAAGGCGCCGUGGAUCAGGAGCAAGGGGAGAAAAAAGAAAAGGGUAUAAUUGAGCAUAGCAGGUUUUAGAGCUAGCAGGUUUGGGGCAUCGGCCGUCAAUGGAAAUUUUUUACGAUGCUGUA